AUGGUUGACUGUGAAAAACCUCUGAGAGUAGGAGACUACUUUGUAGUAGCUGGCCUUGGUAAUGGCAAGUCAACUCAGAAUGCUAUACACUUGGAUGAUGAAAGGAAUAUUCUGGAACCAAUCACAGACAUUACUGUGAUAUUCAAGAGUUUGGGAGAAAAACCUCCAAUUGGAUACAAAUGCAUCGACAAAACCCCCGCAGGAUUUCCUGCUGAUCUUAAUCAUGGCUCCAUAAGACAGCCAUCAUGUUACCUCUGCAUUCGCAGAGGAACAGACAAACCUCCAUUGACUGAUAUUGGGUAAGAAAUUCAUUACAAUGUAUCAAUUUCCAACAGGCACCUACAUGUAUGAUUUUCUACACUUAAUCAUUUUACUUUUACAAGAGUGACCAGCAUUUAAUUUCUCCUCACAGUAUUAUCUCUAAAUCAAGCAUAAGUUUGUGAGCAUAGAGAGAAUGAUCACCAGGAAAGAAUAUAAUGACUAUGAAACAAGUUCUCCUUCUCAAUAUUAUAGAAAAUGUAGAGAGAAUAGUGUAGAAAAUAAGCAUACUGAUGUUAGGGGGUAAAGAGUUAAGAUUAUCAUAGAAUUAUUACCUAUAAGUACAUAUUGAGGUGAUAUACGGUGAAACAACCUCUGUGCCAAACAUGCGAGAGAUUCUAGUUGCUUUUCUGAUAGAAGGACAACAUAAUCCAACAGCCCACUCCAUGUUCUAUUUCUGGUCAUUGGGUAUCCACCCUUGAAAUGUUAAUACCUUUUUUAGCUUCAAACACCACCCACUUGAGAGCCAGUUUCCUGGCUUGGUUCUCUGGCCAUUUUUUUUUUGUAAAAUUGUCUCUUUUGGAAACAAACUUAACGAGCCAGUUUGCAGCGGAUUUUUUUGUAAAAUUUUUAAUUCACUAUAUCUCUUGUGUUUUUGAAACGUUCUAAAUUUGUAACUUUCAAGGUCUUUAUUAGGCCCCAAUUUCACAUAACCUCUGGCCCCAGCACAAUUAACCUACCCACCCCCACACUUUCACUUUAUGUCUUUGGGGCCUGGUAAGGCUAACUUUACCUGUUUUAUCAGUGGUGGAAAAUGGUACCUUGAAAGAUCAUGGAUAUUGUACUUGUAAAUUUAAUAUCUGAUCUUAAAGUGUCAUCAGCCUUUGUAAUGAGCCUUUGUAAUGAGCCUUGAUAUCAUUACAUUAUCUUUGUUUUGGUCUGGGAUUUUUGCACUUGUUCAGAACUAUCAAAGUCUUAUUUUGUUCUUACAACCAAGGGUCUUAGUCAUAAGUAUGUAAGUUGGACUUAUCUUUGUGAGUGACAAAACUCUGUGUAUCGGCCAUUAUGUGAUUGUAGAGUCCUUUAUGAAGGAAAAGACCGCUUAAUGGCAGGAUGUGACAUUGUGACAUAUACCGAAACAGGAAAGUCAGCUAAUGUUAACAACAGCGGUGGAAAUAGAACAUUCAUCACUUAUCGUCGAGCACCCCACAGAAUGGCUCACUCUUCACUGGCAGUCACAGAGAUUUGUGUUAUUAUAACAAGCAAGGUAUUUGUUAAUGAAAUGAUAACUGAGUUGUUUAAGAUCCUUAAUUUAUUAUGUAAAUAGAAUGUCUUUGAUGUAGCAGUUCCAGAGUGUGUACUGAAAAAACCAGGGAACUAUGGAAAGGACUUACAUAUUUGUCUUUCUGCUUUGCCCAAUUUCUUUAAUUUGCUCACCUGCCCACAUUCCUCUCCUUUGAUGCUUGUUGUGUGUCUUUCCUUUGUGCCUUCAAUGAGUAGUAAUGAAUGACUAAAAACAACAGUGUGGAUUGUAGGCGUGUCAGCAAGAGAAGAGGGCCUGGUGAGAAGAGGAAAUUCUGGGUCCGCUCUGUGGUUCCAUCUGAGUGAUUUUUCAAGUAACAUUUUAUAAUGAAGGGUUAUUGUUUUCCUGUAGAAUGAAAAACCACCACAUGCAUUUUGCUUGAUCGACAGGAAUCUCAACAAAGGCAUGGUAGGUUUUAUUUUCAUUAUUUUUUUUUUCUGAUUUUGCUUGAUUCAUGUGAUAUUAGAAUGCAGAAGUUUUAUGUUCAUCAAGAGCUGCACAAUUCACUCAAAUGCUACUCGGUAAGAUGUUUGGUACUCGUGACAGUUCAUUUCAUAAUUCUUUUCCAGGUUGGAUCAGAUGUGUACCUUUGUUACAGAAAAUCAUUAGCAAGGCUGCGCUCUAUCAUGUACCCUGCAGGUAACAGAGUGUGCUGGCAUUUCAUGGUUUAUUUUGCAAAACUUCAGUUUUAAUCACCAUUAUUCAAAUGGUUCUGUUUUUCAAUUUUCUGUACAACCUUACCAUGGUUAAUGAAAGACCUUUCAAACAAAACUAGACACGUGACUCAGUCCAGGUGGAACCGCUUCUAGAGACAAGUGUCUGGAACUGUAGUUAAUCUUUUCAUAAACCCUCAUGAAUUCCAUGUUGUUGUUUAAAAAAGUGUUUGUUUCAUCCUUAUCUUUCAGAGGUUCUCAGUCGAUUUCCUGUGGAGGACUAUGAACGUUUUCCACUUCCAGAUACAAUUCCAAUGUUUUGCCUUCCUCAAGGAGCAAUUAUUGAAUGCUGGCCUGAAAAUUCUCAAUAUCCUCUUCCCUCUUUCUCCACAUUUGUACUUACAGGUGCUUCAGGACAAAAGGUAUGCUGUGACUAAUAAUUUUCUGGAAUGUCUGAAGUGAUUGUGAAUUUUCAACAUGUCUUGUGGAAUUUUUAGGUUGGGAUUUUAAAGCUAGUAAACUAAUACUUCAGCUUCAGCAGGAUAACAUGUUAAGAGUGACAAAAAACACAAGGCAAACAUGUCGCUGCUUGAGAAUUCUUAAACUUAAUAAUUCUCCCAUCAACUGCUAUGCAUUUCAUGUACAUUAGUUGACCUUUUUGCUCCAGUGUGCUUAAUAUAUAGGGAAUGUGUAUGGCAUUACAAUCAGCAGAUAAAUCUUAGGGUUGAUAAUUACAUUAAAAUAUUAACUUUUACCAAAUUUAAGAUUUAUGGAGCAGCAGUAACAUUCUUUGAACUGCUUCCUGAGGAGCAACUGACAGAGGAAAGGAAAAAAGCUUUAAAGCUGGAUGAUGACGAAGUAAGUAUUGCAGUGACUCUAAGGGGCUUUUACUGAACUGAAGUGCGAAUAAGGAAAUUUUAGAAAUAGAUUAUAGCAAAAAUUUUAACCAGACGUGAUAAUGUCUUGCUCAUGAAAGGACUGCAAGGCCUUGAGCAGAUGAUGCACUAAAAAAAAAAAAAAAUUGACGCACUGAUAUUCCAUAAGUACUGUGGGUCAGAGGCAUAGAGAACUAUGGAAAAACUACAUAAGCUGAGUCUUUUAAAAUAAAUAUAGGUCAGAACUGCAGUUUGAAAACAACCAAUAUCUGUUUCAAUUUUUUCUAGCACAAAAUACUUUAUUCAAAUUUACAUUUGUUACAACAAAUUUUACCUUAAAAAUUAUCUUAAAUUUUAACGAUGAUUUGUUUCUGUAAUGGAGGAUUCAUUUAAGAAAUGCAGUAGUAGGAGUAUAGUUGAAAGUUACAGAAAAAUGAUUCUCCAUUUCUGAAUGAAAAUAGUUCAAGUCAUUGAAAUUUAGCAGGCAACUUAUAUGUGGUAGGUAGGCAGAUAGGUAUGCCAUCUAUAGUGCUGAAUGAACUUCUUGACCAAGUAUUCCAGUUAAAAUUUUUUUCCAUUUACUGUUGACUGUCUCUAGAAUUCUGAAGAAGGGAAAAGAGUUGCUCACACAAACAAGUGCAUGUGUGUGUUGUCGCAUUGGCCAUUUUUUGAAGCUUUCAAAAAGUUCCUGUCCCAGUUGUAUAGAAUUUCUGUAUCAGCACAGCCACUGCCCAUUGAAAGGUAUCUUAGAAUACUUUUGCAGUUUAUUGGUUACAUUUGUAAACUAUGUAGUGCUAAGUUUUACAGCUGAAAUCUGAAGAUGUUGGAAUUGAUUAACUUGAAGGGAAGUGUGAUUGAUGUUCAUAACAAUAAGCCAGUUGCUUUGAUAUUACUUUCAUUACUUAAUAUGCAGUAAUUCAUCAAAAGAUAAGCAAUGUUUUCCUUUCUUCAAAUUGAUUUUGAAUGUUGUAAUCAACUCAUUAAGCAUAGAAUGUGACAGACAAGUGUAUAUAUCUUUGUCAUGUAGGUAUAUAGCAAUUUUGAUGCUUGAUGUUCCUUUUCCUUCACCCCAAAGACCAAGAAUUCUUGUGCAGGUACCCUUGAUUUAUUUAUUUAUUAUUAUUAUUUUUUUGAGAUCAGUCAAAAGUAAAUUACAAAGCAACAUUUCUGAUGGUCUUUGAUUACAGCUCUAUUCUGUAACAACCUCACAGUUCAGCAGGCAUGAAAUGAAAAAAAUGGCAAGCAAAUAGGCAGCAACAGCUACCUGUUGAGUAACCUUUACUACUACUACUACUACUACUCCUUCUCCUCCUCCUCCUCCUCCUCCUCCUCCCACCCCCAUCUUUGCUUGGGUUUAGGUCAACCAAGAGGCAAAUGUUUUUUGUCUUUUUUCAUACGGAAUUGAAUAGCCUAUGAAAAUUACAAAACCCCAAAGAGCAGAUGGAUGUAAUUUUGAGGGCCAGAAGUGACAUGUUUAUUUUUCAAUUUGUUUCUGCAGACAAGCAUGUAUGAUCCAUUUGAAAUCAGCCAACUCUCUCACACUCCUUUGCCAGUCAGGUAACAUGGAUUAGAAUUAAGAUUUUCAUGAAAGUAGACUUAAUCUUUCUUGACUAUCACAAGUGCUUGUAAAUGGAUUUGUUGCUUUAGUGUGCUGAGGCAAAUGUUCAAAAUACAAUUAUAGUGUCCAAACACUUUUCAUAAUUUAUGCAAAUAUGAGUGGCCAAUGUAUGGAAGGAAGAGGUAUUGGGUGGAUGUUCUUCUUGUCAGCACCUUAGGAAAUGUGUAGAGAAUAUUAUUUAGAAUAUGCAUACUGAUGUUAGGGUGUAAGGGGUAAUUCAUCAUCGUUUUGAAAGUUUCUUAGUUGAUUAACCAGUUAAUUUGUAUUGUUUAUUUCAGUGGUGCAUCUUACAUAGCUAUGCUUCGCUACCUGCAUCCAGACAAUGCUAUGCUUUUGUUUUAUCUUGUUCUCACUGAACACAAAAUACUGAUUCACUCUCUACGACCACCUCUGAUGACAAGUAUUGCUGAGGCAAUAACAACGGUAUGCUGUGAUUAUUGUAAAAACCCAUUACAUUACUCCUUUCUAAAUUAAUUUGAUUUGAUUUUCUUUUUUCUUGAUCCAAUGGUGCUGAUGGACAUGUGUGUUAGUGACCUGUUAGGAAACACUUAACUUUUAUGGGAGGGAUUGGGCUGGUGUUAUAGUGUUGUAGCAUCCCUUUUAUUUUACGUACAAUAAAGAACCAAUAUCUGGUAUGUUUUGUAUGGUUUUUUGAUAUCCAGCUUGAGAAAGAAAAAUUUGCAUCUUAUUUUCUUUGAGUGGUACUAUCAUGAACAUAUUAAGCACAUUUGGUUGCGUAAACUACAGCUUUGUAAGAAUAAAGGCAUCGAAAACACCACCAAAUGUUGGUAUACUCUAUGCAAUGUCUUAGCACUCGCAUGUCAUGCAAGAAACUAGGAACUUCUCUUAAAAAAAUUGUGAUGAAAGGAAGUAGUUUAACAUCAUGUAGUGUUAACAGUUAGCUAGUGUAUUUUUCAGCUGCCAAAACUUUUGUACAUGUAAAUGCAGCUAGGUAUACUGCAAACUGUUGCCGCAUAUCAUUCAUUGUCCAUAAGCAGUUGUGAUGUUCCUCUCUUUCAGCUUCUGUUUCCCUUCAGCUGGCAAUGCCCCUAUGUUCCACUAUGUCCAUUAGGAUUAAAUGAUGUUCUAGAUGCACCUUGUCCAUUUAUUGUGGGUAAGUAAAAGGGAAGAAUUAAACAGAACAAAUAAGAUAUCUACUUUUUCAUUUGAAACACUUGGUAUUCAAUUAAACUUUACAGUAAACACUGGUUCUCAUCUUAAUUUCAUAACAAUUCAAUUCCGGCUCUUUUCCCCUAACUUAAAGACCAACCAUGCCAGUACAACAUUCUCUUGACAAACGCCCUUAAUUUUAGCUGUUCGUUUUCUACAAAAUUUUUUUUUUCCGAAAUUUUUUAUUAUUAUACUCUACACCAAAUUAAGUGUAAGAAUAAAUACUACAUUAGAGGUUGAUGUGUUGAAAGAUAUCUACUAUUGUUUUCCAGGUAUUGAUUCACGAUACUUUGAUCAGUAUGAUCCACCUGAUGAUGUCACUUGUGUUGACCUAGAUAACAACACUAUUUCACUGUAAGUUUGGCGAAAUGAGAGACAAAACUUUGUAUUACUGAGGCUCACAACUCGUACCUUUUCUAAAAUGUAGAUUUAGGCACAUCUCAAGCUACACGUGUAUUGUAUAAAAUCAAUUUGGAAUACAUCUUGGAAUAAAGAGUGGAAAUUAGAAAACGUUUAUUUUUUUUGUCAGUGAAGGUGUCGUUUUUCCCGCCAUGCAAUUAUAUCGUUCUUCAUAAUUCAUGUGGUGAAUUUAUGUACAUUACAGAGAGAAUGAACUCAAAGGUGUUAGCUGGAAAAGUCUUCCAAAGGUAUGUAAUAAUUAAUGAGAUUAAAGAUGAGUUCAAAAUUUAUUACUACCGUUGUAAAUUUGGAAAGGCUUGUUGAUUCAAACAAGAUAUAUAUCGUGGAUUUAUAUCUCCAUGAACCACUCAAUCCUAAGCAGUAGUAGUUAUGCAUAGGCUGACAAUUGUUGAAUUAUUAUUUGGAUGUGGAGUUAAGGUUUAGCGCUAACCUCCGUUUUUUGCCUCUCAUUUAAAUUCCAUUCUUACUUCUAUGCAGAAACCGGGAAAAGUCUUACAGGAAAGACUGAAUGAGCUUUUUUAUAAAUUAUACCAACUGUGCCAUAAGGAAAGAGAAUGUAAGUUGUUCUAUAUUGAGAAAUUCACCAACAAGUGUGCGUGAAAUGAUUGAAAACACAUCGCUAUUGAUAGGGUAAUACACUCGAACCUGUAUUCAGCGGCACCUGUAUUUAGCGGUUGGUUCCUUAAGUCCCGAAUUUGUUUCCCUUUAAUCACUGUAAUUUUCACCUCUAUUUAGCGGUCACCUAUUAACUUUUUCAACGGUCUUGUUUGUAUUAUCUCUCAUUUAACGCCGAACCACUCAAAUAUGACUAAGAAUAAUCUAUCAACUAAUUUAUAAUCCAUGUUUCUUUCUAAAAAUCAAAGUGAGUAUUUUUGAGCAAGAUCGUGUAUAUAAAGUUGUCAAUUGUGACAAAGUUGCGUUGUGUAUUUUUUUAAAUAACACUCCCAAUCUGUGGAACCUGUAUUAAGUGGUCAAACUGUAUCUGGUGGUCCGCCCGCCAUCUUAGGUGACCGCUAAAUACAGGUUUCACACUGUAUAUGCGUUAGUAAGGCUUUUUGGUGGGCUUAACUGAAGAAUCGAACGGUUUUAAAGCAUUCAAUAUGAUUUGCAUGAAAGAUGUUGAAUGGAGAGUCACGAAGUAGCGUUCAAGUGAGUUUACUGGUUGCGCGAAAAGCCUGUGCUACUGAAUGAGUGAGUGGCUUCAGAAAAAAGAAAGUAGGAAAACAGAAAGUGUUAUGGAAAUUGAUAGCUUUGUACACGGUCGUGUAAUGUUCAGUUUGAUUUGACUGCAGCUAUUGGUGGAGAUAUCAUAGAGACAGCCAUCGAGUUAGCUCCCCUGGAUCAUGACACGUCCUAUUCAAGAAAAAGGGUAAGAUUCGUUGCAGCUUUGAUUUAACAAGACACGAUGUCUUAAAUAAUUUGUAAAUGUCUAAGAGAAUAGCCAUUAAAUGGAAUGAACCUUUGAAAUACUGCGUGCUAAGGUAGGCUAACGGGGUAAGAAUGGGGCGCAUAUCGAGAGAGUUUUAUCAAAACCUUUGGAGAAAAAAAUUGCAACAGCCAAUCAGAGACCUCAAAGUGAAAACAAAUAAACUACUGGAGGCGCGGGAAAACGCGGGUAACCAAGUAGCGUCGGGUUCAAGUUUUGCAUCUGAUUGGUUGAGAGGAUGUUUUUUGGGCCAAUCACAGAGCGUAGGGAAGAAAACCCAAUUCAAUCCUUGAUUGCUUUCGACACUUAAUCCAUUUGCUUUAAACUUACAGGGAAUGCGACGAUUCACACUAAGUGCUUAUGAAAGAGUCAAAAUGUUGAGCUAAAUUUUUUGAAAAGGAAAAAAACUGCGAAGAUGCUCUCUAAUCUAAUGGCAAGAUGAAGAUGCUCUCUAAUCUCAUGACAAUGAUGCUCUCUUAUCUAAUGGCAAGAAAAAAACUUCAUGCAGCAACCGCGUUCCAAUCUAGACAAAUGCAAUGAAACUUUCCAUCACAUGAGCUAUGUUAUUUUUUCUCAGCUUCAACUAGAGGUAGCCAUUCAAGAUGCUUUCCUACGGUUUAUGGCAACAAUUUUGAAAGGCUAUGAGUGAGUAAAACGUUCUUUUUUGAUGAAACAUUAUUUGAAAAAAUCAAAACAAACAAAAAUCAAAGUUAGUUAUCUAGAUGUUAAUGUGUUAUUUAAAAACGCAGCGAUAAAGAAUAGUAUAGGGAGAAAUCACCGUCGACAAAUUUCAGCCCUGUUUAACACGAAACUUCUUCGAUUUUUCUUCGAGUAUUGAUUCUUCAAAGGAUAUUAUUCAUAGGAGGGGGUCAUUUUCUAAAGAAACUGUGGUGCUGCGUCUUUUGCAGGGGGGGGGGAGGGGGGUUACAACAAGAUAAUUUGGUUUCAUCAACUGAGAUGAUAUUGUAAAUUAGCCGCCGUUGUCGAGAAUUUCUAAAGCUGACGUUUUCGAACGUUAGCCCUUCGUCAGAGCGAUGUACUUACUCGAGUUUAUAGGGGUCAAUAAGCAUUUUUAUAGCAAUAAUUACCUAUGCUAACCCAUUCAGUUAAAACGAUUAAAUUGUUUCGUAGGGCUUUCUUAAAACCAAUCACUUCAAGACCAACCCAGGGGACGUGCGAUCUGACGUCGCUCUUUGACCUUGAAGGUUUGUAUGUAGAAGACAUACACUUAUUUUGCCCAUGGGAAAUUAUUAAACCGCAACUUGUACUGAGUAACUCUUGGAAGGGUGAAAGUACCUGGAAAGAAUCGCGUUUUAUGUUGAAAUGAGCUGAAUUAAGUAUUUUUUAUUAUGUUUAUGGCUUAAAACCAAGACUGUGAUAAUGGAUUUUUCUUUUGCUAGGUUUUCUUAGGAGUCGUCCGAAUUCACAAUCAAAGUUUUUUCAAAUCCUAUCAAGGACACAGGUAACAGAAAUUUAGACUAUGACUUCUGAUUUGAAGUUUUCUUCCGUGGUGCUGUUUGAGCCCAGGUGUAAUGAUGUUUUUGCUAGAGUCAUACUAUACUUCUGAUUUGUGUUUUUUGUUUUUAAACAGAUGUUUAGCCGGUUUAUUGAAGGGAGAUCCUUUGUAUCGUCACAAGACUCUUUGUUCGCAUUCUUUGACAACUGUUUAGAAAAGGUAACUACCUUUAUGUGUAGGAUUCUUUUUUUGAGAGUGUCCCACAUUGACAUGUCUGUUCAUUCCUUCCACCGGAAUAUUAAUCAUUGUGACUUCCGCGACUCUUUGCUUUUCUCUACUUUGUAAACCCUGUCUUAAGGCCAUAAAUUAUGCCCAGUUCCCAGCUGUGGUUUGAUGCACCCACAAUCCUCUUUACAUUGUGGAGAUGAUCGUUGGCGCACCGAUGUACCUUUGGCUUUGGGACUGAGCCAGGUCGUGAUCUGUGAAUUUCUAAGAUUUUAGACACGAAAUCCGGCGUAAUGUAUCUCGAUCCCUGAGAUUUUGUGAAAUGACCAGAGAGUAAAGAUUUUGAGUGCUUUGUGUUGUAGCUGGACGUAUCACCAGACCGUUGUCUUGUUGAAGUAGAUGAAUCAGUUGCAAGGUAUCAUUGUUUUAUUUCAGUAAGUCUUACCACAAAUUCAAAUUAAAAAAAAAAAAAGAUUUAUAGAUUCCACAUCGGUUGUGAACCGUUAUAUUUCGACUGCAUAUUGCUGCAUUUACGUUUGAAGCCGACUAAAUUCUAGUCAUUCUUUGUAGCACUCGUCAGUUAUGCGGAACAUGGGCUUUAAACCCCGUGCCUUCUCAAGGUUCGAAAUUGUGACAAGCUGGUCGCCAAUGCGACCGAAAAUUAACUGUUUUGCCAAUUUAUUCUGUGUAAAUCGGUGCGGAAAGUUCAUUGCGUUUGUAUGUACUCAAAUGGUGAUCGUUCUCAAGUAGAAAAAUGUUUAAAGCAUAGCAACGUCUUUUUCGAAUCUUCGCGAUUUCGUGUUUCGCAGUGAGACGCAUACAAGACAAAUUCCACUACUUGGCGACCUCGUUCCGUCUGCCAAUUAAAUUAAAAUAGCCAGUCGGUGCCACGACUAAAAGUUAAUUUUGGGCCCAGCUUAUGGUACCAUGACUAGGAACGAUAAAGUAAAGGAGAUGUAAGACAAAUUUUAUGAAGGCAGGGCAGUGAAACAUCCGAUUCCCCCGUGAGUGAUGGAACCCCGAACAAUUAGAUACCCUUCCAUCUGCGUUAUAGAAACCAAGUCUAUAUAUGUGGAAGUUUCAAUACACAUUAUUUCUUUACCAGGGGUGGUCAGAGGACCUAUGUUGUCACACCACCAGAUGUUUCCAACAUGGAUAAAGGGAAGUUGUAUACGUAAGUAGAGAACUACUAAAACUGAGAAAAUCUCAGGCAGGUUCAUUGAGUGGCCAAGACGGUUUUGAAUUGAUUCCUCAAAGACUAUUCUUAAUUAAAGUGAAGGCCUGACAAGUUCUCGUUGUUCCUACAGCAAUUUUCUGUCAAUUAACUGUGGAAGUGGGCAGGAGGAGAGAGAGUGGGAUCGCCAAUCUGGGCGUCGGCCGUGAUGUGUCGAUUUUUUCCGGCGAAAACGGAAGCUUGUUUCCUCCCAUGUUUACUUAGUGAACUUUUGCUGACGAAUUUUUCGAAGUCGUUGUCAUCCCAAGCCCCACGCCGUUAGCUAUGAUGUUGCUUUCACUUAGAACACGCGAUCAAAGAUCGAAUCUUUGACAAUUAUUCAUUUGAUUAUUUUUUUUCCAUCAGUUAUCCAGUGUUUCCAGUUUUAAAUGUCGAUCUCAUGAAGCCUGAGGGGCUUUCUUUUUCUGCUAAGCCUGCUCAGACGCCUCCAGUAUCUCCUGUGGUCAAAAGAACAAAGGCAGAAAGACAUCAAUCUGUUCUGGUAAUAAAAUACUGAGGUCUGAAAAAUGUGUUUUUACUGUUUUUUUACUAAAAGGGUUAAUGCCCAAAAUCUUGACAUGUCUUUGUAAACAAGGGGUAUUCUUCUGUUUUGUUCGGUGAAAUAGAUUUACUUUUGAACCGUAGCUUGAUCAUCUAAUUCAUGGGAAUGACAUAAGAGCGGAGGGAAAAGGGGUAUCGACGUUCCCUUAAGCCUCAGGGGUUUGUCAUGAAGGUUACAAGAACUUUUAUGACGCUGACCUUAGUUCUUGUUGUGGACGAUCUCAAAUUUGAACUUUUUUUCUCUUUCUUUAGAUGGCGAAAAAGUACGCGGGAAGUCCCAUAAGCUGGGCCAAGUGAGUUAUUGGAAUUGUGCAUUCAUUUGUUUGUUUAAUUUCUAACUUUUGUUUCGUUCCUUACGCCAGGUGCCUCUUAGCUCAUUGCUACAGUUUGUGGUUUAUUCAUCUUCCCGCCUAUGUGAAGCGUCAUCACAACAAGGCUAAAGUGUUACACGUAGCUUUCGAGGUGGGUUUAAUGUACAUUUAGGCAGGAAGUAUUCAGAAGUUUCAUGGUCUUCUUUCGCAAUAAUUGUUUUGGAUUUCACACCGAACCGUGGCGUGACAUUACCAAGAGUAGCUACGUAGGAGAACCUCUUCGUUUUGAAUGGAAUGUCAGGAAUGUUGAUGUAACUCUUUUCCAUAAGUAACAUAAUUCUUGGCCUAUUACUGAGUAAAGUGUUUGUCAUUGAAAUUUAUCCCAUCGCCUCAAUGAGAGAUCAUCAGAGAGUAAAUAUGACACCGGCGCGAACUCUUUGAUGUAGCGAAUUUCAAUUGAGUGUCUUAAAAACACUUCCUAUUUACGAAUACGUCCAAACCCCGCUUUCCUUGUUCGGCAACAGAUUCACCUUUUACAAUAUCUUUGCGGCAGGUCUUGUGUAAAAUGAAGAAAAAGGGUGUUAAGUUACCAGAUGAGGUGAGUCUACUAAAGUCACUAGAAGCCAAUGUUUGAGAGAGAUUCCCUAACUUAAGGGAGUGAAGGUAAAAAAAAACCUUCCAGAAAGAGACUUGGUCACUUGGUCACUUCCGCCUAUUAUGCCAUCGAAAGCUGCGUAGGGAAUAGAUUAGUGAAACCCCUGGCCUUCCCUACUGGCUGAAUUGUCCUGGCCUACCAAAUCUGAUUGAUAACUGGUUCACUUCCGGACUGGAUAUGAGACUUAACUCCUAUUUCUCUCAUGAACCAGGUUUGCUACCGAGUGCUUAUGCAGCUAUGUGGGCAGUACGGUCACCCAGCCUUAGCUGUGAAGGUCAGUAUCAUAGCAGUUGUUUCUGAUACAGGCCGUGUCAAUGUUUGUACCUACGUGUAUGUAGGCACGAAAGAACAACACUUAAGAUUGUUGUUGUUUUUUUUGUUUAUCACGAGCACGUUGGCUGGUUUAUCGAAUAAGUUAGAUCGGCUUGUUGAGAAUAGUCGCAUGAAAUGUUAACGUUGGCUGGUUUAUCGAAUAAGUUAGAUCGGCUUGUUGAGAAUAGUCGCAUGAAAUGUUAACGGAAGCAGAGGUUAUUGUGUUAACAGAAUUGAUAGUGUAUUGAUAUCAAGUGCAUCGCCCCUUAAGAAAAUGUGUUUGUAUGUUUCUUUACCAGAAGUAUUAAAUAUAGUGUAGGUUGCCUGCCUCUUUAUCACAGAACAGCCACUUGAGUAAAAAAAUGUCUUUUGUACUACUCAAGAUGAUAUCUCUGAGCUAGAAUCGUCCCCUGCGCGUUCACGACGUAUUUAGCUAAAAAGUGCUCUUUCAACAUUGAUGUGUGGUAAUUUCUUGGAAAAUGUGAUUUCUUUUUCUCCAUUCAGGUCUUGUUUGAGAUGAAAAACCAAGGAAUAACUCCAAAUGCUGUCACGUACGGCUACUACAACAGGGUAAGGAGAUGUUUUGAUUAUAAAUUUGCUCCUGGCUCUAUGAAAAAAAAAACUCCGAACUUUCUUCUGAAAGUAAAAGUUUCUGAUCCACGCGUUGUUCCCAACGUGUGUAUUGUAAACGAUAUACCGGUAUGUUAUAUCCCUGGUCAGAUGACGUGCUUCCCAGCUCGCUGGGUAGCUUCACCCUUCCGCUCUCCCCUCUCUUCCCCCCACCCCCACCUUUUCACUCUUACCUUCCCCUAGGAGAACUUUCCAGCUGGCCAACCGUCAUGUAAAGGUCAGUAAAUCUCACAAGCAGAUGUCGUUUCAUGGUUAAUAUGCUUUUCACUGAUCAGAAAUUUUAAAAACCUUCUAUCAUGCUUUCUCACUUUGAGGCCAGUACACGACAUUUUUUCACAUCUCGCUCGCAGUAUGGAGAAAGAUCUCUUGAAAGGUAAUUGCCAAAAGGUCGCGAAUCACAAAAGUAAUAAUUCUUUAUCGCGACAGAACCUUUGCAUUCAGUGUUUGUGUUACGUCAUAGUUGAUGGUUUUUUUCUCUUUUUCGCAGGCUGUAAUCGAGGGCAAAUGGCCUUCCAACACGACCAGUUCACACAUGUGGAAUAAACUAAGGAAUUUUUUUGCCGCUGUAUAUGAGCUUCAAAGACUAGCGAGAUUAGCAAAGAAUAACAAAGGAGGUAAACGGAAAUUUGAAUUUUUUUUGUAGGUCGUUCCAAUCAUCGUUUUUCGCCUGUCCUCUGCAAUCCUUGUUCUAACUUGGAUAAGUUCUUCUUCUGUGGUGUAUUCCUUAUCUCAUUGAACCAAUGUUCUCUCACCUCCUAUAAGACAAGGACUAAAAAAAAAAAAGUAGCACUUUUCCUUAAAGCUUAAUUUGUUGUUCGUCUGCUGUUCUCCAUUCCUUGUGGUUCACAGAUUUUAUAACACAAACAUGGUGGAGUGAGGUUAUUCCUUUGUAAUUUGUUCCUAGAUUCCUUGUCCCCGACCGGGUCAAACAACGACUUAGAUCUACUAGACACGCCUAGAAGAGCGACACUGAAAAAAUCCGACCGGUCACGCACUCCGUCACGCGAACGCGAGAAAGCCCUGUCACACGAACGCUUGCUUGACUUGGGAGAGUCGAAUGAUGGUGAAGGUAGACGCACUCCAGAUAGAGAGAUCAAAUCGCGGCGCGAGCGAACAAUCAGCGAAAUGUCUACGGCCUCUGAAGCAGCAGACAUUCUGAACCUGUCCACCACGUCGCUGGACGGUGUGGCGUCCUCCACACGAAGAAAACGGCGCACGAACGGUAGAACUGUCAGCGAAACGUCGGUGUUAUCAGCUGCGUUUAGCGAUGGUUUGCAGAAUUCCACGUUGUAUAUCAAUGCCAACAGUGAGGACUCUGAUCCGUAUGAGUACACCACCAGGAUGUUGGAUGAUGUCAUUCUUGGCCUUCCUGCUGCUCUACAGCCUGACACUGCACUGGAAGCUGUGUUGUGUUCGUGUAACCAGUGUACUAAAUGUGGGAGAUACCUUUACGAUGAAGACAUCUUGGCUGGCUGGACAGCAGAUGAGUCCAACCUUAACACCGGGUAGGGCUUCUCAUGACGCAUGCGUGUAGGCUGUGUAGCCUGCGAAUUUGUUUGCUUGUUGAGAAUAUAGAAAAGGCUUCCAGAAAGUACCUUGGGAUAGUAAAAAUAUUGUGACAAACUGGAAGUCUUUGAGCAGCGUCAGACAUUUUCUCGUUAGAUGCUGUAGAUUAUUCAAUUUUAAGAUAUUGUGAACAGAUGUCACGAAGCUGAAAACUCUAGCUUGGUGAGUUAAUGAUAAUGAUGAUGACGCAACGAAAAGUUAUUCAGACGUUUUGGUGACCCUUGAUAUGAAAAAGUUAGUUGAAGGUUCCUUAUGACUUAAACCACCUCGAAGCUAAAAAGCCGAUUUUUGUUGUUGUUUAAUUUGUCAUAUUCUUAAACUGCUAUUUUGCCUUUUUCCUUCCUAUACGUUCUUAUUUUAUCUCUUUGUACAGAUGCCCCUACUGCCAUACACAGCAGGUCGCAAGACUGACAGUAAAGAUCAAGGUACCUUGAAAAAUUCUAAAGAUUCUAAAGUUGAUUUUUCGAGCGUGAAUCCGCUCUGACGGGCUGACGCUCGAAACGUCAGCUUUCAAAUUUUUCUACUGUGGCCAAUUUACGUUCUCGUUAUAUCCCAUAUCCCUCAAGUUAUGCAUUCAGCGAACACUUUUCCUCAUUUGCUAAGCCUUAAGGUUUCUCUCUUUCUGGCUGUAUUGAUUUGUAUCCAAAACGUUGAGGUUGUCAUUUACGAAAAGCGAAAUUCCCAAGUUGCAUGAAUGUAAUAUACUCUUUAGAGGGAAAAAAGUGAAGAAAAGGUUAGACUGUCGCAAAAAUGUUCUUGUCUUGCACCCGAAUACUACUGCUUGCUUUUACCAUUUAACCUCUAUCGUUUCCUCCAAGGAUUACCGGAAUUGUUUUUCAUCGCAUCCAAGUUCAGAGUUAUCGUCAAGUAUUAACAGCUUCGGAAGUUCCGAACUUCUGCCGGGGAAUGGCGAAGUGGAGCCGACCUCCGAACCGCUAAGCAACUCGGUGCCUUCGACGAUUGAAUCUAAUCUUAUCAAGUUCUCCGCUCCCACGCGACCAAUAAGUGUCGUUGCGCUGUCUCCCCCUGCCUCUAAUCCCGUCCCCAUACGGGGUAGUCACCAUCGAAUGCGUCACAGCAUCAGUGCACCGUCAAGCGCCAACGCCAGUCCCUCGGGGAGCUUGCAUGGCAGCCCGAGGACUGGAUCAUGGUUUCAGCGCAUGCGUAGUAGCAACAGCACCUGUAGCCACGGAAGCACGUGGUACGGUAAGUAAAGAUUGACUGAUGAACUUUUGAAGAUAAAAAAAAAGGAUAAUUUUUGGGCGUCUUUUUUACUUUAAUUUUUCUGUUGAAAUUAGCUUUAAAGUAUCAGCUGAAGUCUUGAAUGAUUCUGAAAAGUUAAAGGUUGCAAAGCAAUAGUCUCGAAACAGGAAGUUUUAUAGCGUUACAUUCCUCCGAGAACAUUGCGCUCCUCUAGCAUAACUUUACUUGUAAUACUAGGAUGAAAUCAAAGAGCUUUUUCAUCUGACGCAGCAGUAUUAUGGAAUUCUCUUCCAGAGGAUAUAAGGAGGUGCAAGUCGUUGACCACUUUUAAAUCUAAGCUUAUUUAUGACAUCGUAUAGUUUUAAUAAUGGGGCUUAGACCUUUCGUUUAAAUGUAUUUUCAAUUGGUUUUCUAUUAAUUAUUUUUUUAUUUAACUUUUAAUAUUGUAAAUCGCUGUUGGUUACUUUGUGGAAAUGGCGCAAUUUAAUUCUUUUAUAUUAUUGUUAUUAUUAUCAUUAUAAAAAAAUUAUUUCCUCACAAAUCUGAUAGCUUAAUAUAGGUGAUUUUUGUGACACCUUGAAUUGAUUUGCUCUCUCUUUCUUUACAGUAUCCAGACCUCCAGAAGAAAGGGAUAAUAUUAUGGUCACUUACCUUAAUCCUUUGGUUUUGAGAAAAGAACUUGAAAAUAUGUUUGAAAAUGAUGGCAUCAGCACACUACAAUUUCCUGACGUCGUGCAAGCGAAACCUGACAUCUUUUGGAAUCUGGUGAGACGAAUUUCUAUAUAUUUUUUUUUCUUACAGAAGUUUAUUCAUGUUUAUAUUUCUUUUUAAGAAAUAGUGGGAAUAGAAAUAGUAGAUAUGCUGUGAACCUCAAGCUUAGUCGUCGAAAUGAGAAAGAUUUUAUUCAUUCCUAAAAAACGUGGGACAAUUGCAAAGUUAAACGUCUACGAGCCACACUUGCAAGAAAGUGUAAUCAAACUUUAUCUGUUAAUACACAUGAAAAGAUAAUAUUCGAGGAUUUACGGUCCUUUUGGUUUGAAUCCAGUGCAUUUGUCUUCCUUCCUCCCUCCUCGAAAAUUAGGGAACCAUUUGAAAAUCUUACUAGUUUUGAAUGAUGUGUUUUUUCCCCUCAGGUUUGGUAUUUUAAAAGGCUUGACCUGCCCUCGCACUUGGCAGAUCACGUGUUGUCCACCUACCCCAGCAACGAAAGAGCUGACAGAUUCGAGGUGAAGAAACGUAACCUUUUUCUUGCUGUGAUUCAUUUCUUCCUAAAAUGGUUGGUCGAAUUUAGUGUUAAAUCAGGCAGAUGAGUGUAUUUAAUGCCAUUACAUCUUUGCCAAGAAAUUUUACUUGUCAAUCGCUUUCUGAAAGGUCUUCGUGGUCGUUAGUACACAUCGGCAGUUUGGGCUAAAAAGUUAACAUUUACGAACACGAUACUUUUUAUUCUUACACUGAAUGUCGCUUCUCGUCGUUGUGUUUCAAGCUAGAACGAUCUACUCUCACUUCUCUGUGCAUAUGUUACUGGAAAUUAAACAGUGAAGCAGAAAUCAAAUUAUUCUUGUGCCCCAAGCGGAAAUCCUUUGAAGACAAUCAUAGAGCCCUUCAGGCCAGUUGGAUACCCGCGUUGAAUUGGUUUUUAUUUUAACGGACUUUUAUGGCGUCUAUCGAUCAUGCAUGUUUUUUCAUACAUCAAGUCUGUCUAAUUGAUCACGUGAUAGGAGCGGCGCAGUAUCUCAGGACUUGGAACCCAGGUCCUUGUGUCCACUUCGUGGGAUGGAGACAGGGAGGAAUAUGACACGGUCCCAUUGUACGUUUUGUGGAAUGCGCCAGGUUUGUACUAUUUAACGGUAAUUUUUCCAGGCAAGAGCUAUACAUUAACUGUUUUGCUGGUAAGAAGAAUUUUUUCCCAUGCGUUAUGAUCGAAAAAUGGAGAGUUAUUUCCUUGAACAAGGAGCUAAUGUCAAAAGCAGAAUUUUUUGCUAGCCAGCACUACUUUCAAUGUCGCUUUGAUUUCUUUAAGAGAUUAGGCUUCACCGUGGACAUUCGGGUCGUUUCUUUCAGCAAGUAUUGAUGAUGGUUACAUCUUCUUUUGAAGUUUCCUUCUGCCAGGCUUUAACUAAUAUUUGCGCAUGUGGCUCUGAUAAUGUACUUCAGGCGACUAGUGUUUGCUUGAGGAAAAAGUUAACAAGGAAAAUAAUAAUUCAAAAUUUUUUUUGUUUGUUUGCCCCUGUAGCGGAUCAGCAAGGAUCACUGACGGACAAAGGACUUACUACUAGGGCGUAAGGAUUUUCCUUGUUAUGGAGAAGGGGGGAAGAGGGAAUCGGAAUGGCUCGCCUCCCAACGCUGUAGCCUGAGUUCGAUUCCAGAACCUGGUGUCACAUGAGGGCGAGUUUGUUGUUAGUUCUCGUCAUUCCCCGGAUUUUCCUUUCUCCACGAGACUGCACUCUGAAAUUAAUUUAAUUCGUUCUAUAAUCAGUUGACGAAGGACGACUCAGUGUAUGUCCCAGUGAUAUUUGUUUUGAUAUACCUGUGAGAUCAUUUAUAGAUCAGCGUGUGAUACCGUGACCCCUGUAAUCACCUGUUGUUUUUCUUUGCCUCAUCUCCAGUGUAUUGCAGUCAGUAGUGGCUCAUAUUCAGGAAAACGACGUUUACAGCCCAGCUUUAAUACUGCUGGAGGAACGAAACCGGCAAAAGAACAUCAACCCUAACGCAAAAUGGUAAGUGUCUUACCAGACUCGAAACAGUGUUUAACUGUGGAAUGAAAUGCAGGACUGCAGUGACUGCUUUAUUUUGCAAUCUAAUUUUCUUGAAAACUUGCCCCCCUCUUGGAAUCAAUUUUAACUGCAAAAUUAAUCACAACUUGGCCACUCGCGUUCUUCCAAGCCUGGCAUUUGUGACUACUUUGAUUUCAAUUUUCUCUUAAACUAUUUUUGUAUACGUAUUUAUUAUAAAUUUAUUGACCUGUUUUUACGCGCUUUUUGUCCUCGAGGGCACUCAAAGCGCUCUUGAAAGUCGAGAAUAUUUGUUCCUAACAAAUGUAAAUUUUCUUCCCGUCAGGAGUGUUUAUCGAGAGUUGCUUUACUUGUCACUGACAGCCUUAGGAGCAGAGAACAUUGACGUCGGUGGGUAAUCAAAGUUUUUCCCUUAAGUCUAAGGAAAUUUAUAUCAAGCAGAGUAAUGCGGUUUUUAUUAGUAAAACCUCCUUGCGAACAAAAUACAAGUUACUUGGAGAUACUCGUUUCUUUUCCCCCACUUUUUAUUAGUGAAUUUCUCAACACAUUUUGUAAUUAAAGAUUUUAUUACCAUGACUACUUUCUCAGAUGCCUUCGACAAAGAGUACAGACGAGCCUAUAGAAGCCUUUUUGAGUCAAAGGACUUCUCAGAUCUGUUGUGUUUGGAGGAUAAAAGCCCGCUGACUCGUGCAGUGUAUUGCAGGCGCACUUUCGAUACACCGACACUACAACCCAGGGUUCCGAAGCACCUCGUCAACAGCUUCCCUUGACUUGCUUGCGAGGAAGAUAUUAACCUCUGUGGAUGUUCAGUCAACAGAUCGAGACGGGUAAAGUUUCCUCUGAAUAUAUGUUCGCAAAUUAUUCAGAGGCCGUCGGCAUUUCUCGAAAGAUGGCGGUACUGGGCAUUGAAAACCACUUUGCAAUAUCCGGUGGAAAAAGAAGGCGAAGACAUUGAACGAAAGUACCAUCGUCAGAUUAUCAGAAUAUUUCUGUCUUGGCGCUACCAUGACGGUUGAAAAAAUUACCAAUGGGAACGCACUGUUAACAUAGUCAACCUCUAUCUCAGCAGUGGUUUUGAAUACUUUACCUUAGUUCGGCACUCACCCUGCAUCAGUAUUUCACUAGUUUUGUAUUCAUCAGUGAUUUUAAACAUAGAAUUGUACUAUUACGUUUUUAUCUUUACCCAAUGCAUCAGCAGUGAUGCGCCUUUUUGUGUUUGAAGUUGCACACAAAAUUAUAUCCAUACGUAAUUCAUUGCUGACGUUAUAUACUUUUCAAACUUUACCUUGUAGGGUCUUAAGCCAAGACCUCACUUCCAAUAUUUGUUCAAAGCUAAUCUUUUACAAUGAUUUUCUUGUGAAAUUUAGGUUUAGAGGUUUAAAAUACCUUACCAAAUAUGGUUUUUUUACUGAGUUAAAGUUUAAUGGAGGCCUAAUGAAUAUUUUCUCAAAUUUGUGGGGUGGGGUCAAAAAGUGGUUGGAGAAAAUUUAUAUACUGGGGGAGAUAGAAGUGUCUCGAUGUGGAAACUUGUCCUCAUAUGAAAGUCACAAGGUUUUAUUCAUGAGGCAAAUCAUUGCAGCAUUAGAUAGUGCCAUAAUUCAAUCAUGGCUUAUUGCGUCGGCAGCUAGGAGCAACGUUUUUUUUUUCCUGCUUUACAUUCACAAUAUGCUUUCUAGAGAAUUGUAGCUCACUCGAGCAAAAUUUGUUUGCCACAAAAUUACAACAACAACGACAACAACAAAAUUAACAAGAAGUUAUGUUUAAAAUCGAUACGUUUUUUAUAAAUUAAAGUUUCUUUAUUGCUCGCGCCAACACGAUUCUUACUUACACUUUCACAGAUUUAAUCAACUUAAAGAAUUGUAAAUCAUAAAAGCAUCUAAUAUAUUUUUCAAUGUUUAGCAAAGUUUCAUCGCUUAACCGUACGCUUAUCAAGUUGUAAAAGAGUAGAUUUAACUUAUCAUGUUUUACAAUCGCCUGGAAUAAUCGUCAGAAACGUGACUUUCCUCGUAUUACUUUGGAAACAGGUAGGAUUCCUGAUCGAUGACAGUUCAGUCCAGCCCUUCUUUCUGCGUCAUUUGAACGCUUUUUCGUAAUGACUGUCUCGUGUGGUUUAAAGAAUCAGGCAGUUUUGCUUCACAUGCAGAAAUCCAUUUUAUUCGAAGAUCUUGGCAUGAGUUGCGAGGGUUAUUCCGUGCCAAUGAAAAGAGUUGUUUUGAAAUUAAAAGGGUUUUGGUGAAGGCUAAAAAAUGUCCUUAUGUAGAUGGUAUUUUGCAUCAAAUGGCCCGUUAAUGUAAUCGUGAAAAAUAAUUUAAAGUGCUUUUUAAGAAUCGCUUCCAAGUAUUAAUCAAAAAUGAGAUUGUAAAUACUAGAUCAGGUCAUUGUUUUAAAAUAAUUGAAUAGCGCUGAUAACUCGUGAAAGUUACACUAGCAAACACUCCUAUUUGUCAGUGUGCAAUAAAACCGCAAGUGGUGCUCUUUAAUUGUGAUUUGAUUGCUAAG